AUGGCUACUACUGCAUAUGACUUUGUCGUCAUUGGCGGCGGUACGGCUGGCCUGGUAACUGCUUCUCGACUGAGCGAGGACCCCAACACCUCCGUCCUCGUUCUUGAAGCAGGUGCCGACUUGACAGCAGAUCCCCGUGUGAACAUUCCUAUCUUUUAUGCUGCACUACUUGGAUCUGACGCUGAUUGGAAAUUCCAAUCUACCCCUCAGCCAGGCCUCAAUGGCAGAGUAAUUGGUCUUAAUCAGGGAAAAACACUCGGAGGAUCCAGUUCAUUGAAUGCACACGUCUUUGUUCCUCCAUUUAAGGGGGCUGUUGACUCAUGGGAGGAACUCGGUAACCCCGGAUGGAAUUGGACCAUAUUGAAAGACUAUUUGGCCAAGGCCUACAGCAGUCCAAAUGUAGCACAGGAUGCCAAGGAAAGUCUGGCAAUUGAGGACUGGCCUGAACUGAACGGAGCGAAAGGUCCAAUCCAGACAUCUUUUGGCAACGAGACACACCCCAUCCGCAAAGCAUGGGCUGAACUGUUUCGCAGCCAUGGAGAAUACAAUGGCGGGGAUCCGUUCAUUCACAGUUCUGUAGGCUCCUUCAGUUGCCUUGCUAGUAUUGACUCGGAGGGUAGGAGAAGCAACUCUGCCUUGGCUUACUAUAAGCCUGUGGAGCUUCGCCAAAACCUUCAUGUCCUUACAAAUGCUCUUGUUGAGAGAGUCUUGUUUGACGAAAGCAAGCCUCCUAGGGCUAUUGGAGUCCAAUACAGUAUUGAUGAGGCCUCAAAGACGGUUCAGGCAAAGAGUGAAGUCAUACUUGCUGCUGGUGUUUUCCAAUCUCCGAAAAUCCUCCAACUUUCAGGAGUUGGUGGAGUAGAACUUCUUAACAAGCAUGGUAUCGAUGUGGUUAUGGACCUUCCCGGAGUUGGACAGAAUCUUCAGGAUCAUAUGAUCUCUUACACCGCAUUCCAAGCAAAGCCUGAACUAGAAACGAAGGACUCUCUGGUUAGACAGGAGCCUGAAGCCAUUGGUCAGGCAAUGCAGGAAUAUGCUGCCACGAAGUCUGGGCCCCUCACGUCACUUGGAGUUCAUACCUACGCCUAUUUACCUCUUCCUGAACAGGACAGAAGUGAUCUCCAGGCACUGUUCACCAGCGACGCUGCUGAGAAAUUACAGCACAAGGCAACGCAAUCCUACUAUGACAUCGCCAAGACUACUAUUCUUGAUCCCAAGCAACCAUCAGCUGCGUACCUAUCCGCCUUGGGGCAAACAAAUUAUGCCAAAGAUCUCAGGGACGGAACUAUCCCAGAUGCUUCACAAGGAAAGUUCGUCACGCUUGGAGUGAUGCUCUCUCAACCGCUUUCCCGCGGAAGCGUUCAAAUUACCUCCAACAACCCUGAAACCCCUCCAAUCAUUGACCCUGGCUACAUGUCAAACCCUCUCGACCUGGAAGUUAUGGCACGACACUUGCUCCGUAUCAAGAAACUGGCGGAGUCACCUCAGCUUGGGGAGCUCCUUGAACAGCCAUUGAAGUUCCAUGACCCAGAUGCAGACUUCCAAGGAGACUUGGAUGCCGCAAAGCAGUACGCUCGGGACAAUUUGGUCUCCAUGUGGCACUUUGUGGGAACCUGUUCGAUGCUGCCUCUCGAGAAGGACGGAGUGGUGGAUUCCAAUUUGAAGGUCCACGGUAUCGAAGGUCUGAGGGUUGUGGAUGCAAGUGCUAUCCCGCUUAUAAGCACGGCGAAUCUGCAAGCUACUGUGUAUGCAUUUGCGGAGAGAGCGGCGGACCUCAUCAAGCAGGAUCAGAAGAGCGAGUAAAGCUGGGGUUGCAGAUGUCUGUACCCGCAAGGUGUUUAUUAAACAAGUGGC